CCCCCCCCCAGUCGCAAUGACGCCGCCUCGCUUCGCCGCCAUCGUUGUCCUGCCGCUGCUGCUGCUCCGCUGCCCGCCGUGCCGGCCGGAGGACGGCGCGGCCGGCAUCCCCGCCGAGUGGGUCCUGCUCCACGUGGUGCGGGGCCAGGUGGGCGCCGGCAACUACAGCUACCUGCGGCUCAACCACGACGGCGCCGUGGUCCUGCAGAUGUCGAGCGUGACGGGCGAUGCCGACCUGUACGUGUCGGACGCCACGCUGAGGCCCAGUUUCGACGCCUACAAGCUGCAGUCGGCCACCUGCGGGCGCGACGCCGUGGUCGUGCCCGCCGAGUUCGCGCGGCCUGUGGGCGUCGCCGUCUACGGGCACCCGUCGCACCGCCGCAGUGACUUUGAGAUGAGGGUCUAUCGCGACCCCGUGGCUCCGUCGGACCCCUUUGCCGCGGGCGCCCCGGCCGACGACGCCCGCAAAACGGAGGCGGACGCCGCCGACCGCCGAGACUUUGAUGACGAGGACUCCAUGUUCUGGACCAAUCUCAUCAGACUUAUAGAAAUCAUUGUGGAAAUUCUCUUUUGAAACCAGUCGCGCGGUCUCUGGUCCCGCCCGAGUGGGCGCAUCGGAGACAAGCCCACACACACCAAAAACGAUGCUCAACAAAAAAAUCCCCACAAAACUUACGGAAAAUGCACUGGUGCAAAGCGUUCGAAACAACAACUGGAGGCCCAAUCGCAAAGCCCAUCCCUCACGUUUUAGCUUCCUUUCCGCUUGCUCGUUUCAUCUGUCUGAACGUCAAUGUCGCACACAUGUGAAGGCGUGACGUCGAUGUCACGGUCAGGUUGGGCGUCGCCUGUUAACACGUUAGUGCCCCCUUGGUGGCGUCACGUCCACCUGGGCUCGCUUUGGCCCUUUUCCAAUAGGACCUUUUCUUCAAUAAAAUUGAAAAACACU